AUGGCCCAAGCCGUCAACUACCUCCUCUAUGAGGCCCCCAUGGGCUACGGCGUGUUCCACGUCGAGAACCAGCCCGACAGCAUUGGCCUGCGCCAGAAGGAGGCCCAGGAGACCAUCAAUGACCUCGCCCGCUUCGGCAAGAUGGUCAAGCUCGUCAACUUCACCCCCUUUGACACCGGAAAGCAAGCGCUGGACGAGAUCAACCACAUCUCCGAGGGUCUCAUGUCCGUCCACCUCAAGUCCGUCCUCGAGCUCAACCUGCCCCAGACCUCUGGCAAGAAGUCCAAGGUCACUCUCGCCGUGGCCGAGAAGAACCUCGCGUCCGUGAUCAAGUCCACCUUCCCCGGCGUCGACUGCGAAACCUCCGAGACCUCAGAGGUCGCCGGCGACCUCCUCCGCGGCGUCCGCCUGCACGCCGACAAGCUCCUCAAGGGCCUCCAGACCGGCGACUCCACCGCCGCCGGCCUCGGUCUCGGCCACUCCUACUCCCGCGCAAAGGUCAAGUUCAGCACCACCAAGAACGACAACCACGUCAUCCAGGCCUCCGCCACCGUCGAGUUCCAGGACAAGGGCGUCAACCAGUUCUUCAUGCGCGUCCGCGAGUGGUACGGCUGGCACUUCCCCGAGCUCGUCAAGAUCGUCUCCGACAACCUCACCUACGCCAAGCUCGUCCUCCUCAUCGGCGACAAGUCCACCCUCAACGACGACCGCCUCCACGACAUCGCCGCCGUCGUCGAGGAGGACGGCGAGAAGGCCCAGGCCAUCAUCGACGCCGCAAAGGUCUCCAUGGGUCUCGCCAUCACCCCCGCCGACCUCGAGAUCGUCAAGGGCUUCGCCGAGGCCGUCGUCCAGCAGGCCGAGGCCCGCCGCGCCACCGCAAACUACCUCGACAAGAAGAUGUCCGUCGUCGCGCCCAACCUGCAGACCCUCAUCGGCACCCCCGUCGCCGCCCGCCUCAUCUCCCACGCGGGCUCCCUCACCGCGCUGUCAAAGUACCCGGCCUCCACGCUGCAGAUCCUCGGCGCCGAGAAGGCCCUCUUCCGCGCGCUCAAGACCAAGAGCAACACCCCCAAGUACGGCCUCAUCUACCACUCCAGCUUCAUCGGCAAGGCCUCCGUCAAGAACAAGGGCCGCAUCUCCCGCUACCUCGCCAACAAGUGCUCCAUCGCCUCCCGCAUCGACAACUACACCGAGAACCCCACCACCAAGUUCGGCGAGGCCCUGCGCCAGCAGGUCGAGGAUCGUCUCGAGUUCUACGCCACCGGCAAGAAGCCCGCCAAGAACGCCGACGUGAUGGCCUCCGUCCUCGAGCAGGUCGAAGGCGACCUCGACCUCGACGACGCGGAAAUGGUCGACGCCGCCGCCGAGGAGGUCAAGAAGGAGAAGAAGGACAAGAAGGAAAAGUCCAAGGACAAGAAGGAGAAGAAGGAGAAGAAGCGCAAGCGCGACUCCGAGGUCGCCCCAGCCGUCGAAGAAGAGCCCGAAAAGGCCGACGGGGAAAAGAAGAAGAAGAAGAAGAAGAAGUCCAAGGACGAGUAA